UAUUGGUUGACUACUUGCUUAUACUAAUUUCUUUAGAUUAAUUAUGCUGAAAUUUCACAGAGAUUAGAAUUUCGAAUUAUUUCAACAAGUUGGAACACAAAAUCGGUUUUUAAGACAAAUAUUAAAAUGAGCAAAGCUCUAGAAUCAACUUUUAUAUGCUUAGUUCUAAUAUUUACACUUACAAUGAAUACUCUACUUUUAACUUUUCUCAAAAAACGAUAUUCUUAUAUAAACAUUUCAAAUUUAUUUAACGCCAGUAUUUCCGUUUGUGAAAUAUUGCAGGUGACUUUAGGAUAUGUUCCUGAUCUGCUUGCUCAAUUAGAUUUCAUAAAAGUAACGACAUCCGGAAAUGGAUCAUGGAUUUGUAUAGGAUCAUCAUUAUUAACGUUUAUUUUUGCCGUCGUUGUUUUAAUGCAUUUUCUUGUGCUGUCGGUUUCAAGAAUUGUGGCAAUAAAGUAUCCUGUUUUUUAUGUUACAACUUUUUCAAAAAAAAAGCUGUCAAUUAUUUUAUUGAUUUUAUGUUACAUUUACGGAAUCAUUUGGCCAGUAUUUCCACUUUUUAAAUGGUCAAAGUACGCUAAAGAUAUUGACGAAAAACGCUGUUCCUUAGACUGGCGUUUAGAACAAAAAGAUAGUUUCUCUUAUAUAAUUUGUGUUAUUUUGUUUGUUUUUAUUUUACCGUUUAUUUCAAUACUUACUCUAUUACUUUGUAAAAAGUAUGCUACCUUAGCCAAUCAAAGCUCUUCUCGUCGAAGAAGACACUCUUCAGUUGAGUAUCAGAAAAAAAUUAAAGAAUUGGAAAUAAAAUACUUUAACAUGUGUGCAGCAUCUACAAUUUUGUAUACCUUAGCAUGGAGUCCUUAUGCAGUCGUAGGUUUUUUAUCUGUUUUCAACAGUUCUAUUCCACCAAUGGUAUCAACAAGUGCAGCUUUGUUUGCAAAGUUAUCCGCAUCAAUAAAUCCUAUUGUUAACGUUUGGUAUAAUCGGGAGUUCCGAACUUUUCUUUUCAAUUUAAAAUCAAAUUGGUUUUUGAAAAAAAUAUUUUGUAUAAAAGCAGAUAGGCAGAAAUCGUUGACGUUCUCAAGAAUUCAGUGCACUAAAUUGUAAUCUUGGCUAAAAAAUGGAAUAGCAUUAUAUAACUUAUAAAUAAUAAUAAAUUUAUAUACUAUUUAUA